AGACUUCGUUCGCUUCAAGUCUGGUUUGAGUGUUGUGAGUGCACGUUUGACGUGCUCCUCUGUGUGCUUGUGUUUGUUUGUGUCAAGUUUAAGAACAAUAAGGAUAAUAAUUAGUAAUACAUAGACACCAUGUGGGAAUCUAUAACUACGGAUUCUUGUGAAGUGUGCCAGUGUUCUCCAAGAUCCAAGCGAGCGGAAAAACCUUGCCUGGACAAAGAGAACAUCGCCCGGCCUCUCAGUCCUGCCAAAAACGAAGACCUGUCAUUUUACGCAAGUUCGAGUCCUCCUAAAGCCGUUUGUGCCGGUACUUCGCCUAAUCACUGCAACCACAACCUAAUCACUCGCCGCCCUCUCGAAGACCAUGAUCCCAAUUCCAGCGAUUCAGGUUACCACACCAACUACCGCAGCGACAACGGCAAAUUUUCGUCUUACGCUUCGCCAUGCCGCGGAUCUUUUGAAUCCGCGUCCAUCGGGUCCAUGGAGGACGAAUUCUUCGAAGAUUUUUCCUACAUCGAGCCUCUCGAAGAUAAUUUGCCUCAGGACUUCAACAAGCUCAUAAACGGCCCGAUUGCGUUUCACAGCAAGAACAAAGAGACCACCGCGACUAAGUCGACCUCGCCGAAGGAUCUGGUCAUCCGGCCCUUGUUUCGGCGGGCGCUGUCUUUCCAAAACGAAAAAUCCCUCCCUGCGAGCAGCAAAGCGAGAUCUUGUCUAUUUACGGAGUCACGUCCAUUCAAACGACCAGAACCGCCUCAGGAAUUUGAAAAUCCGACGAACACGAAGAAACAGAAGGUGGAUGAUGAUCAAGAAAUUCCGUCGGUUCCGUGGGUGCAAAGACCUAUUUUGAAACGCGCGUAUUCCGCGACGGAAGAGAGUAUUAUGUGUGCCGUACAGAAGUCGUCAGUGGAGCCGGACCUUAUCGGGGACUUUAGCAAAACGUUUUGUCUGCCGUUGACGCAAGGACGUCAUCAGGAUCUGAAAUCUAUAACGCCGGCGACGCUAGCCAGGUUAAUCCGGGGGGACUACAACGGGAAUAUCUCGUCGUUCAAAGUUAUAGAUUGUCGGUAUCCUUAUGAGUACGACGGCGGUCACAUCGAAGGUGCCGUUAACGUCUACACCAAGGACCAAUGCAUGGAACUCUUGAACAAUUUCAACACAGCAGCGAACGAGCAUAUGAAGAGAAGUAACAUCCUGAUCUUCCAUUGCGAGUUUUCGAGCGAACGUGGGCCUAAUUUGUAUAGGUAUUUACGGGAGCAAGAUCGACAGAUCAACCAAGACGUAUACCCGUCUCUUCAUUACCCGGAAGUUUAUUUGUUGGAAGGGGGUUACAAAGACUUCUUCGAACAAUUUGCAAAUUUAUGCGUACCUAUCUCUUAUACGGAAAUGCUGCAUCCUGAACACGAAACGGAGUUGCGGUAUUUCAGGCAAAAGUCGAAAACCUGGAAUGCAGAUUCCCGCCGGCGUCAGCCUCGAACUAACCUCUUUAAGAGGCUCGGAAUCUAGAUAAUAGAAACCCCAGUGCCAAAACUUGUAAAAUAGUACAAAACGAUACGAGUGCGUGUAUGGCCAAAUGAUAUGUACAAAGUAAUACGCUAUAUUUGUCGGUUGAAGACUAAGUCUUCGUUAUGUAUAACACGAUGUAUAUAAGAGAGUACCUACAUAGCUUGCUCCAGAUUCAUACAAUGAGAUGAGCUCUUUCCUUUGCAAUGCUAAACCACCAAAGUUUCUUUUUGUUAAUUUUUAACAGUCGACUUUAAUGGAUCUACCGAUCCUUUUUUUUUUAAUUUAUUUUUUAUGUGCAAUUUGAUCAGCAAUAACGAUGUGAUGUUGCAUUCCUUUACCAGUUCAUAUGCUUUUUCGCUGUUUGUGCUGGUGUUUGUUUGCAGAUUUUUCGUUCAUUUUAUUAGUUAGUUAGUACGAUUUAAGCGUCAGUAUUGUUUAUUUGUAUCCUUCAGCAUAUCGAGAUGUGUUCGGAAGCAACUGUUGGGAACUUUUUUACUAAAUAAUUGUGAUUUGUUCACCCUUUGACAGACUGAUGUUUCCCCAACCGUUGCACCAUAGAUUUUAAGAGUGAUACUUAAUAUUAUAGAUCUGUAUAUUUUAAUAUUUUUUUAACUUAUAAAUAAAUUUUUGUUCUAUGGA